GGAUUAAAAAAAUAUACAUGUUUCCGGCGAAAUAUAAGUUCCGUAUUUUAUUGAUAAAUUUCUCAACUAAAAUGUUAAACUAAAUACAUAUAUAGGGACCUCUAGCUAGUUUAAAUAAAACAACCAACUACUCCAUUCUUCUUAAUCGCAUUCAGAUACAUAACAUAUACUCUCAUUUUCCUAUAUAAACACUCAAUCCGAUCCCCAACUCUCUUCAUAAAUUAUUAUUACACACACUGACACACAUCUCAUUUUUGCAAACCAUCAAAAAAUUCUAUAAACAAAUUAAAGAAAGAGAAAUGGCUGGUCUGAUGAAGUUGGCAUGCUUCGUCGUAGCAUGCAUGAUUGUGGCGGGUCCAAUCACAGCGAACGCGGCUCUGAGCUGUGCCAGCGUGGUCAGCAACAUGGCACCGUGCAUAAGCUACUUGAGAGGAAGUACUGGGGCCAUAAGCAGUGCGUGCUGCAGCGGCGUUAAGAAUAUAAACGGUCUGUCCCGUACACCCUCGGACCGUCAGAUAGCUUGCGGUUGCCUUAAAAGAGUCGUUACCCUCCCUAAUAAUAUAAACGCUGACCGUGCGGCUGGAUUACCCAAUGCAUGUGGAAUCAGUCUUCCUUACAAUAUCAGCAAAAGCGCCAACUCGUGGGCUGAGCGGUGGUCGGAUGAAGCUCAAGCGGACGUUUCGAACACUGUAUAA